CGUCAGGACACGCAGGACAAAUGCAGAUUUUGUUUGUAUUAAUGCACCCAAACCGUUGAUUCAUCUUUAGAUAGUGUUUGACAUUCUAACCCUAGCCUGGCUCAAACAGGUGGAUGUCCUGGAGGGAUGGUGCGUUAUUAAUGCUAAGAUAUCCUUUUGAAUAACUGUUACGCCUCUAGAAAGAAAAGGAGCGCGACUUGACGCGUGUCUUUCGCGACAGACUUGAAAGUAUAAAAGCAACAUGGGCAUGAGUGCAGGAUCUCGCAUCGCAUGCGUAACUGUCGGUCUACCCGCUACCGGCAAAACGCUUAUCUCUCAAAAAGUUUGCCGAUAUCUGCAAUGGCUCGGAAUUACUACCAAAGUCUUUAACGUUGGCAACUACCGUCGAAAACUGCACGGAGCACACCAGCUACAUGGAUUCUUUGACCCUGCGAAUCCACAGGGCGAACGAUCACGUCGUGAGGCUGCUGUGGAGGCCUUGAAAGAUAUGAUCUAUUGGUUCGAAAAGGAGCAUGGGGUUGUGGCUCUCUAUGAUGCCACGAAUUCGACUCGAUCUAGACGGGAAAUGCUUUUGACAGAAUGUGCAAAACAUAAUAUUCAAGUCAUGUUUAUCGAGUCCAUCUGUGAAGAUGAAGCAUUAGUCCUUCACAAUAUCAUGUCUGUCAAGUUGUCAUCACCCGACUAUAAAGACAUGGACCCUGAACAAGCUGUUGAAGACUUUAAGGCCAGAAUUGUGCACUACAAGGAGGCAUAUGAGACCAUCACAGAAGAAAACUUAACUUACAUCAAGCUAAUCAAUGUGGGUAGCCAGGUCAUCAUCAACAUGAUCCAAGGAUAUUUGCAGUCAAGGAUAGUGUAUUAUCUGAUGAACCUUCACAUUGCACCGCGAAGUAUCUUUUUCAGUCGACAUGGAGAGUCCCUGUACAACGUAAUGGGAAAGCUUGGUGGUGAUUCGGAUUUGAGUGCGCGUGGUAAACAGUAUGCAAAAGCAUUGCCAGUCCUGAUUGCCACACAUUUAGGCAAUUCAGAUCAGUUAACUGUGUGGACAUCGACUAUGAAGAGAACAAUCGCUACUGCAGAGCACCUUAAAUACCCCAAACUCGCAUGGAAAGCUCUAGAUGAACUGGAUGCCGGCGUUUGUGACGGAAUGACAUAUGAAGAAAUCGAGGAACAAUACCCAGAAGAUUUCGCCAACAGAGAUGAAGACAAGUUCAACUACAGAUACAGAGGAGGAGAGUCGUAUCGUGAUGUCGUUUUGCGCUUGGAGCCAGUGAUUAUGGAGUUAGAGCGUCAACGUAAUAUCCUAAUUAUUGGACACCAAGCCAUCUUGCGCUGCAUUUACGCCUACUUUAUGAAUUACUCGCAUGAGAAAUUACCAUACAUCAAGAUCCCUCUUCACACUGUUAUUCAACUGACGCCCCGAGCAUAUGCAUGUGAAGAGAAGCGAUUCAAGGUCGAUAUUGAGGCUGUAGAUACACACCGCCCUAAACCGAAGGCUGGGGCGCCCAAAUCAACUCCUGACCCUGCUACUGUCGUGACACCCACCGAGACAGCAUCUGCAAAAUCGAUCCAUCAGCCCAUUGCUGACGAAGAGAAGGAUAUUGGAGCGACCAUUACGACAACCACAAUGUCUACGACAACCUUCAGAGAUGGUGAACUACAAAGAAACAAGGAGACUCAAAAGUCUUCCAAUAAUGAGGCUACCAAGACUGACUCAACGUUAGAGAAAGCGAAAGAAAUUCAGGCUGCACUCGCAGAGGCUACAAUCAGUGAUUCACAAGCCAACCCAGCUGUUGCGCUACCUUUGGAUGACAUCAACACUCCAGACGCACAGGAGCCAACAGCAACCAAUCAGGGAGGCAUCCUUGAUGCCGCUGCUUCUUAUACUACAUCGCCUCCUUUGAGUCCAGCUCGAGACACGGUUCCUUCACCUAUACAAGCUGUAUCUACUCCUUCAAACAAGGCCUCGGGAGACGAGGCCAACGAUAACCUUUCUAUAAAGACCACAGAUCUACUGACGCUGCCUCCGGUCAUGCGCCUAAAGAACGAUCUUCAGGCUGCAUGGCAAGAAGGACCUGAAUAUGAAAGGACAGCCGGAGCCAGUCCUCGUGAUCCAGUCGUCAGUCCAGGUGGACGCUUGUUGCCCAGGAAUAAGGAUAUCUAUCACUUUCCUUGAAUAAAUAGUUUAAUCCCAAGGGAAUGUCACCCCAUCGAGAGCAAAAAUGCAGGAACCGCCAUAGAAUUGAUGUUUAUAGUCCAAAGUAAUAAGG